AUGGCCAAUGAAUGGCUGCAGAAAGCCAGGCGCUACGCAAGAGUCUCGGAAAUCCGAAUAAAGCCAAAUCCGAAGAGCAGCAGCACACCAAGCGUGCAGCAGGAGGAAGAAGCAAAAAAGGUGCUGAAGCUCAUUGGAGAGGAAGAUAUUGCCAUUGUAUUGGAUGAAAGAGGCAAGGACAUCACAUCUCAGGGCAUGGCACAGCUGAUUGCUGAAGCAGGUGACAUGGGCUCACCAUUAACAUUCUGCAUUGGUGGUCCUUACGGUCACACCCAGGAAGUCCGUGAGAGGGCCAACAAGGUUGUGAGAUUAUCGUCAUUGGUGCUAAAUCACGAGGUGGCACGAGUGGUGUUGUUUGAGCAACUGUACCGUGCGUGGACCAUUCUUAAAGGACAUCCUUACCAUCACUGA